GGAUUGCGCCAAGGGCGUCCGACAGCUCGCUGGAUUCUUGCUUCAGCGCACAUGCAGCAUUCUCUCUUCAAAUUCCUGGAUAUCCCUAUAUGGACGAGCUCCAUACCCUUUGAUCUCUAUAACCUAUAUUCCUUAGAGUUGGCUCAGCAUGACCUCAUCACCUAAGAACUCUGGUCCCCAAACAAACCUGGAUGUUGACUAUGUAAUCAGCUACAGAUUCGCAGACAGUGACAAAGCCACAGCUGCGGCAAAGUUUGAGAAGCUCUGUCAUAGCCUAUCAUCUGCGGGUCUCGCUACGGAGGUACGCAACGGCGAAAACCAUUCGCUCCUCCUGUUCGUGAAGGUCGCUUCCGAAGAGCAUCUCUACGGCGAGGUAUACCGAUCGAGGGUACAUGAUUGGAUCCAUGGCGUAAGAGCCGCGGCGCCACCAAAAGACACUCGAACAGCACUUGAAUCCGAACCUCUCUCGGAAGCCGAGCGCCUGAGGAUUAUAUAUCAGCUCAUCACAAAUCCAGAAGAUGAGGGGGGCGCGGGCAUUACGCCUAAAGAGGGAGAAUGGAAAGAAGUGGAGAGCAUCUUCGCCCUUCACGACCACUCGUAUAACAAGGACUGGAUCAAACAGUGGAGCAGAGUCUGGUAUCUGAAGACGGAGGAUUUAGAUGAGAUACGAAACCGUCUCGGUGAAAAGAUUGCCUUUUACUUUGCAUUCACGCAGUCCUAUUUUGCGUUCCUCGUAUUUCCCGCAAUCUUCGGCGCAUCAGCGUGGCUACUCCUCGGAAACUUUUCCCCCUUGUAUGCGAUUGUGAACGGCAUAUGGUGCAUAGUUUUUACAGAGUGGUGGAAGCACCAAGAGAGCGACCUCGCAGUCCGCUGGGGUGUCCGCAAUGUCUCCAAGAUUGAUGUCAAAAGGAAGGAUUUCGAGCACGAAAGGGAAAUCAAAGAUCCGGUCACUGGGGAGACAAUUAGGAUCUUCUCUGGCACGAAACGUUUGCAGAGGCAACUAUUGCAGUUGCCAUUUGCUCUGGGUGCUGCAGCAUUACUCGGGACCCUGAUCGCCACGUGCUUUGGCAUCGAGGUUUUCAUUUCAGAAGUCUACAAUGGGCCGUUCAAGACUGUUUUGGUUUUCCUACCGACUGGUAUAUUGACAAUCGUUAUGCCCAUUUUGACUGGCCUCUUGACGGACUUUGCGACUCGUCUCACCGCAUUCGAAAACUAUGAGACCCAUAGUGCCUACGAGGCUGCUCUUACCAGAAAGAUAUUCAUUAUCAACUUCAUUACCUCGUACCUGCCGAUCUUCCUAACAGCUUUUGUCUACGUUCCCUUCGGCAGCAUCAUUGUCCCAUAUCUUGAUGUUUUCAGUCUUACUGUCAAGCCAUUCGCAGAGAAUGAAAAGCAACUCACCUCACCAAAGGUUGGAUUUGCGAUCAAUCCUGAUCGAUUGAAGAAGCAGGUCAUAUACUUCACUGUGACCGCUCAGGUAGUCAACAUGGCAAUGGAGGUCAUUGUGCCAUACCUUAAGAGACAGGGCUUCAUGAAAUACAAGGAGAUUCAGAGCAAGCGGGCUGGAAACAAUGGAACCCUUGACGUCGCUGCGAAUGAUCCACCAGAAGAACACCAGUUUCUGAAAAGAGUCCGCAACGAGGCAACUCUAUCUAUAUACGACGUAACAAGUGACCUCAGAGAGAUGGUUGUCCAAUUUGGAUACCUCUCGCUAUUCAGUGUGGUCUGGCCUGUCACCGCGGUUUCUUUCCUCGUGAAUAAUUGGUUCGAACUCCGAGCCGAUGCUAUCAAGAUCUGCGUCGAGAUGCAACGGCCGGUCCCAUGGCGCUCAGACACAAUCGGCCCGUGGCUAGACAGCCUUGAGUUCCUCGCAUGGGUCGGAAGUAUGUCUACAGCCGCACUUGUCUUUCUGUUCAGCGACGACGAAGCAGGCCCGCAUGGUACUCCGUACGGCAUCAAAGUCUGGGGCCUCCUGCUCGCCGUGUUCUUUUCCGAGCACAUCUUUCUCACGGUCAGAUGGGGAGUUCGCGUGGCAAUCAGCAAACUCGAAUCCCCUGGUCUUCAAAAGGAGCGACGGGAACGGUUCAUGGUACGAAAGCAGUAUUUCAAUGAGAGCUUGGGGCAGCUCAGCAAGUCUCCAGCGAUGGGUGAGAGUUACACGGAAAUAUCCCGCCAAUCUCUCGAAGAUGAUGCUAGGGACGCAAGCCUGAGUGCCAGCAGUCCAGAAUCGAGAUUCUGGAGUAGGCAGAAAGGGUGGCAAGAGAGUGCCAAGGCUGGUACAGGACUGAUGGAGAAGUACGCUGCUGGAAACGAAACGAAGAAAAGCCAGUGAGACUGGUUACAGACACAGUUAGGCACAUUUCCAUAGGCAACGACACCGCAUGACAAGGUGAUGAGCGGCUCGUUCGGUCCUUAGUACAUUACAUAUAGCUUAGUUUCUGUCUGGGUACGGAACUAUUCGACAUCACUACUAAACAAAGACUUUCCUCU